UCACUGUGAACAUUUCUCCAUCUCCAUCCUGAUUGAUCAUCAUCCAUCAACAACAAAGACGCAUUUCUUAUCUUCGCGCAUUAUCCACGAGAGGGGUUCCCGAAUCCUGAAACACCGCAUCCGACAUCAAUAGUCGUCAACAUCAACACACAGCGUGCGCGCGACACAGACAGACACCAGUCGAUUCAUCCGCAGACAUCCGUCACGAUGUCGGCCCGUUACGAAAGGGUCAACGCCCACGCCGACAACGAUGACGACCACCACGACGACACGCCAACACCCACCAACCCUACGUCGAGACCACCGAUCCCCAACUCGCCACCACCAUCCUUCCACUCCCGCGCAUCCUCCAUCCACAACAGUCAACGCCCCGUGAAUCCCGACCUCGCCGAUGCCUUUGGUGCCGACGAAGAUGACGACGACAGCGACGAUGAUGCCGACGACAGACAGCGCUUAAUGCGACGGGACUCUUCGCCGACGGAGGCCUCCGGGGCAGCGGGAUCGACUGAAACGACAUCAGGAGGAAGUUCAAGGCCCGGGCCUGAAAGGCAGACGACACAGUUACCGACUCCAUCAUACACGACGACAGGGGGAGGAUCAACGACGCGAACGUCAGGAAGGGUUUAUGGUGGUGGUAUCCAGAAUGAGGGUGUCUUUUCGAAUCUGACAGCCAAACCGGAACGAAAUAAUGGCCCUGAGAAGGAGGAGUUGCCUCCUUCCUACGAACAAGCAGCCGCAGACGCCGCCCCUCCAUACUGGGAAACCACCAUCCUCGCCCCCGGCCUCGGCGGUCCCGACGACGUUUACAUCGAAGGCAUGCCCGUCGGCUCCAUCGUCUCCUUCAUCUGGAACGGCAUGAUCUCCAUGUCCUUCCAGCUCGUCGGCUUCCUGCUCACCUACCUGCUCCACUCCACUCACGCCGCCAAAAACGGUUCCCGCGCCGGCUUGGGAAUCACGUUGAUCCAAUUCGGCUUCAUGAUGAAGGGCACGCAAGAUUCUGGCGCCGAAGGGGAUGGGUACACGGCUCCACCAGAUCCGAACUCGCACGACUUUGACCCGGGUGCGGUGGACGACAACAGAGGAGGCGACAAUUGGGGAUCGGUGGAUUCGAGCGAUUGGGUGGCGUAUAUCCUCAUGUUGGUCGGGUGGUUUAUCCUCAUCAAGAGCGUUAGUGAUUACUUGAAGGUGCGGAGGCAUGAGAUGUUGGUGCUGCAGAGCCCGGAUAGAGGGCUGGGAAUUCCGAUUAUUGCUACGGGGGAGGUGCCGGAGCGGGUGGUAUAGCCGUCCGCCGUUAGGGAGGUGUUGGCAUGGAUGGACCGUGAUGGGAUUGGGUGGAUGUUACUACAGACGGAGCGAAGGGGUUUGUUAUUACAGGAACGAACGCGACAUGCGUACAUACGAAAACGGUUAUCCUACUCUUCCCUAUGUCGUUCUCUCAUGUCAAGCAUUUUAAUGGUGUGGAUCAUGUUUUUUUUCUUUGUUUCUAUUAUUGCAUUGACCCUGUUCCUAGGUAACCGUUUCUCAAGCUAGAUGAUGGUCUGUUUGUUGAAAUCCU